UGCCCUGCCCUGGCACCGCGGCUCCCGGGGCAGCAGCGGCCGUGCCGCGCUCGCCGGCUCGGGGCGAGAGGAAGGGAAGGUAAUGAACGGGGAAGUCGAGUGAGUAACUCAGGGCUGCCUUUCCCCUUGGUGGCAAACAGUGGUGUUUUAUUGGGGCAGCUCUGUGGCUCAGACCAGGCUGCUGCGAGGAUGGGGCCCCUGGAAGCAGUAGGUGAGGACAACCAGACAGAUGAAAUGAAAAUGGAGCUGUUCACUAAGCUGUACUUGACAAGAUACACCACACCACUCAACGAAUUGGCUCUGGACCCUAAACCAGAACUGAAGGACAGCACAACACUUGUUGAAGUACAGAUAAUUCUCAUCUUUGCCUACUGCUCCAUCAUCCUGCUGGGAGUGAUCGGAAACUCCCUUGUGAUCCACGUGAUCAUCAAGUUCAAGAGCAUGCGCACAGUGACUAACUUCUUCAUUGCCAACCUGGCAGUGGCUGACCUGCUGGUGAACACGCUGUGCCUGCCCUUCACUUUGGUUUAUACGCUCCUGGGCGAAUGGAAGCUGGGCCCGGUGUUGUGCCACCUGGUGCCCUAUGCCCAGGCCCUUGCUGUCCACGUGUCCACUGUCACUUUGACCGUGAUCGCUCUGGAUCGUCACCGCUGCAUCGUCUACCACUUGGAAAGCAGAAUCUCUAAGCAGAUCAGCUUCCUGAUUAUAGGAGUUGCCUGGGCAGUCAGUGCCCUGCUGGCAAGUCCUCUGGCCAUCUUCCGUGAGUACUCGUUGAUUGAGAUCAUUCCUGACUUCAAGAUUGUGGUCUGCUCUGAGAAGUGGCCAGGGGAGGGGCAGCUCAACUAUGGCACCAUCUACAGCAUCUCCAUGCUCCUGAUCCAGUACGUUCUGCCUCUGGCAGUCAUCUCCUAUGCCUACAUCCGUAUUUGGACCAAGCUCAAGAACCACGUUAGCCCCGGGGCAGGGAAUGACCACUAUCACCACCGGCGCCGGAAAACCACCAAGAUGCUGGUGUGCGUGGUUGUGGUGUUCGCUGUCAGCUGGCUGCCCUUUCACACCUUCCAGCUGGUCAGUGACAUUGACAGUCAGGUGUUAGACCUGAAAGAGUACAAACUGAUCUACACGGUGUUCCAUGUCAUUGCCAUGUGCUCCACGUUUGCUAACCCCCUCCUCUAUGGCUGGAUGAACAACAACUACAGGACGGCCUUCCUCACGGCCUUCCAGUGUGAGCAGCGGCUGGACUCCAUCCACCCCGAAGUAUCGGCAGCUUUCAAAGCCAGGAAGAAGCUAGAAGCCAAGAGGAUUCAGUUCCCUGGGGACUCUUUCACGCAACCUACCGAUGUCUAAGAUGUCUGACUGUAAAGAAGAAAUGAGUAUGUUGUGGACAAAGGGAUGAACCCAUUUUGGUACAUGCAUUUUCAAUGCGUAGUUUUAUUCAUAAAUGGUGAAAGAACAGUAGCAUGAAAGUCAAGGCAGGUGUUAUGAUUUGAGGGGAGUUGAUUGAUGCCAAGAGUAUGUAAAUAUACAAUUGCAAGGAAGUAAAAGGGAGAGGCUUAGUUUAUGGCUGUCUCUAACAGGGUAAAUAUAAAACUCUUCCAUCCCUCCCAUAUCUUCUUGUCAAGUCUAAAUGACAAGUGCAGGGUUUGCUGGUUUUGCUGGAGGAAGGCAAAUGGCUGAUUUGUAGCAUAGGAACAUUGGUGGUGGGAGUGGGUAGUUUUUUAUAUUUGAUGUGAAAGUCAAGGAAUGCAGAAGUCUGCCAGGAGAAAGAAACAUGUCUGGUGGGAGAAUCUGUGUUGGUUAAACCUCAAACUUUUCAGGCGCUUUCUGUCCUACAGGCAUUAUUUGCAAAGACAAGGGAAUUAAAAAGAGAAAUAUGUUACAAGUUCUUUUUGACUUGUGCUAGACUAUUUCAAGCCAUAGCAUUUGAAAUAGAUUAGGUGGUGAAAACAGAAGAGAAAAGAGAAACAAAACUCACCCAAGUACUGGAUUCAGUGAGAGGGAAGGUCAAGUUUCUACAUAAAAUGGAAUGUGGGUUUUGGCCAAUCGAAUGGGGUAAAAAUUUGUCCCUUAAGAAUUGGAGUUUAUGCUGGUGAGAAAAUCACGAGCCUGUGACUUGAUCAGUCAUUCCCUGCAGAUUCCUGCCUUUCAUUCUGCUCUGGGAACAGCUCACAAAUGCAGUGCUUCAAAGUGGCAUUUGAGGGCAGGGAAUGCAGGCUCAGGUCUUCUGUGAGCUCUUCAUAAACUGCUAAUAUUUUAAUUUUCAGGACCUUCUUAAAUGUCUAAUGUGUUAUUAACUCCACAGGCUUUGAAUUGUGGCUGCUUCUGCCUGGAUAAUAAAACAGCAGAUAAUUCUGAUCCUCUGGAAAGGCUGCUAGAUGGUAAAGUGCUUUUCCUUAUUGUGGUUUUAUGUCACGUACUCAUCUCGUCUCGGAGCUUUUUCCAUCUUUAGCCUUUGUGAAAAUUAAGAACAUCUGAAUGACUGUAACCUAAUAACAGUAUGCUAUGUUUAUGUGAUAACUUAUCAGUUAUUCUGCAUGCUGUAGUUAAUAGUUAAAUUCCUUUUUUGCUCAGGUAUAAAAUUUUAAUCUGUUUACCGUGUUGUACACAGCAAUGUUCAACUCUUCUGUGUCUUUGUUAAGCCUCUUUGAACUCAUUAAAGAGAUGAAGAAAAUUUCAAUCCAUGUUUAUUCCCAGCUGCCCUCUUGCUUAUCUAGAAUAAAAACAAGUGUGAUAUUUUCACUUGAAGUCUAGUUUGAUGGCUACAUUUCAGCAGCCUCAUUUUUUCCUUGCAUUUUUUGUUGUUCCUAAAUUCAUUAUGUUCUCUCUUACAAAUUAAAACCCAAUAAAACUCAAGUGCUGAAAUUUUGCAAUGUAA